AAACUUGAAAUCAGAUUACAGGAGGCCAUUUUCUAUUGUCUAUACUUUUUGUUAGAUCUCGUCAAUAGCCAGAAAAUAAAUUUAAAAUGUUAGUCGCGAGAGGUUCCCAAUCUUCAUAUGGACAAAAUAAGACAAAAAGGAAUUUUGUCAAAGAAAACGCCAGAGUCAAAUUUGGUAAAUAUGCUGCACAAAAAGGAUUUACCUCUGGAUCAUACACUCAACAUCAUCCAUCAAAAUGUAAUCAUACAUUGAAUGGACAGCCGAUUCACCUGAAAAAAGACAGUGAAGUACAGUUGGUGCGUAUCAAAUAUCAGGAAAGUGUUAGAGAUCUGGUAGUGCCAACAACAGUCAACAUACAUCCGGCCAUAUGGCCUGUGAAGGAAAUUAACCGGCUUACAGCUAAAAGCCAAUUGGUUACAAUCGACGAAAAGAAAUCCGAACUGCAGCGAAAAUAUGACGAAAUGAAAUAUUUGGAAGAGGAAUGUGAGAAGAGGAAAGCUCAUUUAAAGGAAUUGGACAAAAUUAAAGCGAACUACAAUUCGGAUGACGAAGCGGACGAUGCUGCUGAAAAACAACAAAUUUUAGAUCGAGCACGUAUUGAACAAAUUGAAGGAACGGCCGAAUUUAGGCGAGCGAACCAAUUGAUUGUUUCGAAAAAGUGUCAGCUUACUCGGGCCGCCCAAAUUGCAGAAAAGAACCAAAUUCAACGUGAAGUACGCGAUUACAACUUGUUUUUGGAAAAAUCUAUUUUAGAUGAUUGUGCGAAGGCACUUCAAUUGGAAUCGGAAAAUGCUCUGAAACGGCGCCAAUCAAAAGCCGAACUCGCUGAGAGCUUGAAGGAUCGGGUCAAUCAAAAGGAAUUAUCAGAAAAGAUGGCUGCAGAAAAGGCUCUAGAAAUGGAUAAAGCUGAGGUUCACGCGAAUGCAGUAGAGCUCGCUAUGCUGGAAGAGCAAGAGAAAAAGCAGCGAACAGAACAGAUGUUCAAAACACGCGAAGACAUUGAAAACUUCAAAGCUCUGAGAGAAACGUUACAAAAUAAGGCUCUAGAAGAAGAACGCAUCAUGGAACUGAAGGCUCAGGAACACAUGCGUAAAAAACAGGAGGAAAUGAAAAAAAUGGCAGAAGCAAGACGUUUAGUACAAGAAGAAAAGCGACGGAAAGCCGAAGAAUUGCUCAUGAUACAAGCAAAACUUCUGGAAACUAGAAACCAACAAGGUGAAUCAAAUAUAAAACGUCUGGAAGAAGAAAAAGAACGAGAAUUCCGUCGUAAGGCCAAAGAAGAUGCGCUGAAGCGGAAACUAUUACACAAAGACGUGCAAGAUGUUCGAGCAUUUCAGUUGCAAGAAAUUCGCAGAAAAAAGGAAAUGGAAAAGGAGCAAGAGAGAGUGGCUCUCAAGCAGUUGAAGGAAAAAAUAGAUUCCGAGGAAAUGGAGGAAAAAAGGAAAAUGGAACGGAAUCGGGUGGAGAAAGAACAACUACAAAAUGAGAUUAUAAACCAAAUUAAGGAAAAGGAACGGAAAAAACAAAUGGAAGAAGAAAGAGCCAAAGUCGAUUAUAUCAAAGAACAGGAACGACAGAAAGAACAGUUGACAAGUAUACAAAGUGUUCUGAACGCAAAAUUAGCAGAAAUGGAAGAAGCAAAGAUGCCGUUAGAAGACAUUCGAGAGAUUAAACGAAAAAUUAAAUCGAAAUUGGUUAGCUAGCCAAAACAAGCUUCGUGCGCUCGGAAAUUUUAAUUCGGUUUUUGUUCGUCACACCUUCUCCCAAAUUAAAUUCGUAUCAACCAACCAAAUCCUUUUAUUUAAAACCCAAAAACCCUGAAUACAUCCCUCAAAUCCUCUGGCAUUUCGUCUUAA